AUGGAAGCGGAUGGCGAGAGGCCCGUCUGCCUCUUGGCGCCAAGAGAGGACAGCAUGUCAUCCCUCUUGAGUCAAGACUGGAGCAAGAAUGACGAGAAACUCCUGCAGGCCGUGGAGUACAACGAUGCGGAAAGAGUUGCCUCUCUCCUUCUCCGGAAGGGCCUCGUGCCCACCAAACUGGACUCGGAAGGAAAAUCUGCGUUCCACCUGGCCUCCAUGAAAGGGAACGUGGACUGCUUAGAAGUGAUGCUGGCCCAUGGAGCAGAUACCAUGACGACCGACAGCUCAGGUUACACGGCUUUGCAUCUCUCGGCAAAACACAGCCACCCACAGUGCAUGAGCAAACUAUUGCAGGCAUCCUGCCCUGUUGAUGUGGCAGACAGCAACGGACGGACCGCGCUGCAUCAUGCAGCGCUCAGUGGAUGUAUCUCUUGCUUGGAGAUUCUCUGUGACUUUAAGGCUUCCUUGAACACCAAGGACCAGGAUGGGGUAACCCCACUGAUGCUGGCAGCCAAAAUGAGCCAUUCGGAGCUCUGCCGUUACUUGCUGCACCGGGGAGCGGCUGUGAACAUGAGAGAUCAACGGGGCCGAACAGCCCUGAUGGUGGCUUGCGAGAACGGCAGCGUGGAGACAGUGGAGGUGCUCGUCCACGGUGGGGCCCGGGUCGGCCUCGUCGACGCCACGGGGCACGACGCAGCUCACUAUGGCGCGGCCGUGGGCAAUGCCCUCAUUCAGCACUACCUACAGGAGGCUGCCCACCGCCACUCUUGGGCUAGUGGAUACGCCGAAGAGAUGGGGGCUUCCUCCCCCCGGCAGUCGCUGUCCAAGGGGAAGAACAGCAGCCCGAGGAAGAGAAGAGCUCCACCACCCCCUCCAGGUGCCCCCAGCCAGGAGGACUGUGAGGCUUACGAAGAAAUUGUGCGGCUGCGGCAGGAGAAGGCACAGUUUCUGCAGAGGAUCCGGAGUCUGGAGCUGCAGCAGGAGAAGCAGCACCAAGAGAGACCGGGCCUGGAGGAUGGCUCCUUACAUACGAUGGAGAAACAGAUACAAGAUCUUCGGAAGCAACUGGCCGAGACAACAGAUGAGAAGGAGAAUUUGGGGAAAGAACUGGAGUUCCUCCGGAGCCGUCUGUCAUCCCUGGAGAAUGAGAAGGAGAACACCAGCUAUGACAUUGAGACACUGCAGGAUGAAGAACUGUUGGAGUUCCCAGGGGCUGAGCUGCUGCUAUCAAAAAAAAGCUUGAGCACCUCUACAGAGGAACUCUUGGCCACCCUGCAGGGCCAACUGCAGUCCCUGACUCAAAAGAACAAAGAGCUGAUGGAGAAAAUACAGAUCCUGGAGAAUUAUGAGAGGGACGAGAGUGACGCGGAUGUUUCUGGCGACUUCAUCCCUAUCAUCUUGUAUGACUCACUGAGGUCGGAGUUUGACAAGCUGAAGGCGCAGCACGCCGAGGCCCGGGCAGCCUUGGAGGCUACGGAAGGGGGCACCACCACCAGCGAGGCCUCCUGCGAGCUCAUCUCAGCGGAGGCUUACGAGAAUCUGAAGUCCGAUUACGAGCAGCGGAUCCGAGCCCUCAAAGAGGCUCUGGAGAGGAGCGGCUCCCCAACCGAUGGGAAGAGCACAGAUCAAGAGAAGAGGAACUCUGGCUUGGGGAUGGAAGAGGAGAAGGAAGUGAUGGGGAGCGAGCUGGACAAGAUGGCCAAAGAACUGAGCGAGACCCAAGAGAAAUACCAGGCUGCCCUCAAGGAAGCGAGGCUCCUUCAGGAACAAAUUGAGUUGGGAAUCCUGUCAGUGGAGGAGAGGGAUGCUGUGGAGAGCUCCAGAGCGGAACUAGAGGCAGUGAAGGCUGCCCUGCACCAGGCUCAAGAGGACCUGAAAGAGCGAGACCAGAAGGUGAAGGACCUGGAGGGACGGCUGAAGGAGACAGCUGCGCACGGCUCCCCUGCAAAGGAGUAUGAGGAGAUGAAGGCCUCCCUCGUCGUCUCCCUGGAGGAGGCCUCCAGAGAGAAGGAGGCCCUGCUGACAAGGUGCAGCUCUGCUGAGGCGGAGGUGAGGGAACUGAGAGAAGCCUUGAAGGAGAAGAUCCGCGAGAUGGAGAAGGCCGAAGGAGGCCUCUCAGAAAGCCAGAGCCUGCGGGAGGAAGCCGGCAGAUUGCAGAGCCAGCUCCAGGCCGCAACAAAGAGGAACGAGGAAGCGCAGGCUCAGGUGGAGAAGCUCAAAGAGGGCCACAAGAAAAUGGAAAAGGAACUUCGGGCCGCCGAGGACAGGCUGGCCUCCCAGUAUGUCCCCAAGCAGGCGCAUGAGGAGACAGUGGCGAAAGCGAGGUCUUCGCUUUCAGAGGCCGAAAGGCAGCUGGCGGAGCUGAAGGAGAGGCACACCACCACCCAGAAGGAGCUGGCGGAACUGCAGAAGAAGUCAGAGAGCUACAGACGAGAGUCGGUGCCCCUGACGGAGCAUGCCCGUGCCAAGGAGGCUCUGGAGGGCACCUUGUGGGAGCUGAAGGCCAAGUCUAAACUGCUGGAGCAAGAGCUGAACGCCAAGAACAAGGAGUUCACACGGCUGCAGGCGGAGCUGGACGCUGUCCGGCGGGACACUGUCUCCAAGGAGGUCCACGAGCAGCUCCGGGCCAGCCUGCAGGGCGAAGUGGAAGCGCUGAACGCCAAACUGGCCGAUCUGGGGCGGAAGCACGAGCGCACCUGUACCGAGGUCUUCCAGGUGCAGCGUGAGGCACUCUUCAUGAAGAGCGAGAAGCACGCAGCCGAGGCUCAGUUGGCCGCGGCAGAGAAGCAGCUGAAGAGUUUGCGGGCCGAGUCGGACCGGAUCCAGGAGCUGCACAGCCACAUCGAGGACUCGGCCAAGCUGGUCAAGGAGAAGGACAAGAAGAUCACAGAACUCUCGAAGGAGGUCUUCAAGUUGAAAGAGGCUUUGAAUGAACUGUCGGAGCUCUCCGGCCAGGCGGGGGCUUCACCCAAAGCGGUCUCGCCCCAGAAGUCAGAGAGCCGGCAGGAGGUGGCCAUGCUCCGGGGCAAAGUCAGUGACCUGGAGCAGCAGUUGGUG